AACUUCCCAUCACUAUUAGACGUCAGCGCUGAGUUGAGUUUUCCCUCUGUGACUCUUGGAUGUGUGUAAGAUGGCCGGGUUUAAGGAUCUUAAAGAGUUAUUCAGUCGACGGCUGCUCGCUGCGGUUAUCAGAGAUAUAACAGAAGAAAGAACAACAAGUGGAUACGAAGAGGAGCUCCACCGACAAAGAAAACUGCUGGAUGUGAUUUUAACUCCUGAAAUCAAGCUACAGAGAACAGACGUCCAGGUGGUGAGUAAAGAAGAGCAGCAGGAGUGGAGCCCCAGUCUGGACCAGGAGGACACUAAGCCCCAACACAUUAAAGAAGAACAUGAGGAACUGUGGAUCAGUCAGGAGGAAGAACAGCUUCAAGGACCGGAGGAGGCUGAUACCACCAAGUUCCCCUUCACUCCUGUCUCUGUGAAGAGUGAAGAUGAUGAAGAGAAACCUCAGUCCUCACAGCUUCAUCAGAGACAAACUGAACAGAUGGAAACAGGAGUUGAUGGAGAGGACUGUGGAGGAGCAGAACCAGAGAGAGACUCAGAUCCAGAGAGACGUUUACAACCAGAGACUGAAGACUCUGGUGAACCUGAGACUGAUGACAGUGAUGAUUGGAAGGAGACAAGAGAAGAUCAGUCAGCUUUAAAACAUGUGGAAAAAAUGAAAAAUAAACCAGCAGAAACUGAUAAGAACCCUCACAGCUGCUCUGACUGUGGUAAAAAAUUCAGUAGCAAGUCGUUUCUGAGCAGACACAAGAUGAUACACAUAGAAGAGAGAGCCUUCAGCUGCUCCGAGUGUGGCAAAACAUUCACGAAAAAAUGGCGAGUGAACAAACACAUGAAAAUUCAUACAGGAGGAAAACGUGUGAGCUGCUCAGAGUGCGGUAAACGUUUUAGAAACCAGAAAUAUCUAAAAAUUCACAUGAAAGUUCACACAGGAGAUCCAAUAUUAAGCUGCUCUGAAUGUGGUAAACGAUUUUCCCAAAAUGGGCAUCUGAUCCAACACAUGAGAAUGCACACAGGAGAGAGACCCUUUAGCUGCUCUCAGUGCGGUAAAAAAUUUAGACAAAAGUGCACUCUGACAAAUCACAUGAUCCUGCACACAAGCGAGAAACCCUUUAGCUGCUCUCAGUGCGGUAAAAAAUUUAGACACAAGUGCAGUCUGACAAAACACAUGAUCCUGCACACAGGAGAGAAACCCUUCAGCUGCAGGCUUUGUGAAAAAAGGUUCACUUGGCCAUGCCAGGUAAAAUAUCAUAACUGUCUUGGUGUUCAGGCUUCAGAGCUCCGUGGAAAUCAAAGAGAGGCAGACAGAGGAGCUAUUGGAGAGGCCUGUGGAGGAGCAGAACCAGAGAGGGACUCAGAGAGACAUUUAGGACCCAAGACUGAAGACUCUUCUGGAGCUGAGACUGAAGACAGUGAUGAUGACUGGAGGGAGACUGGAGAACUUCCGUCAGUGAUAUGAAGUGUACCACUGGUGAGAAACCACUGCUCUGAGUGUGCUGAUACAUUCAGUUAGCGCCCCAAGAGACUCAAAAACUCACACGAGAGAGAAACCAUAUAGUUGUUAUUUUUUGAACGCUCUUCAUCCCAGAUCUCUUGCCAGGCAGACAUGAUUGUUUUACCUCCCUGAUUGAAUCUCUCAUGUGGGCUGGUUUAGCCCUCUCCCCCUGUGAGCCACUGAUACUCAUGAACCUGAUGACUGUUUGUGAUUUCUGGCAUCUAAAGUGUGAAUCCUGUGUUUCAUGAAUUCAAUCUAAUCAGCAUUGUGAUGACUUAGACUGUAAUGAUACCAAUGAAGAUCAUGACUGAAUCUUUUAUAUUGCAAUAAAAAAUAUAUUUCUUUUUUCCAGCUCUCUUUUACUGAUUUCCGUGAACUCUGACAUCCUGUACUAUAAGGUGCUUUUUAUUUAUUCAUAAAAUGUUUAAAUAAACUUUUUUUAAAUCUGA